AUGGCAGUUUCAACUUUAAAUAUGGCUCCAUACUUUACCGGAUAUCCAUUUCAAGGUCAAGGGCGUGUAAAUCAAUUAGGUGGAGUAUUCAUAAAUGGUCGUCCAUUACCAAAUCACAUUCGAUUGAAAAUUGUGGAAAUGGCUGCAGCUGGUGUACGACCAUGUGUUAUUUCGCGUCAAUUACGUGUAUCACAUGGUUGUGUAUCGAAAAUUUUAAAUCGAUAUCAAGAAACUGGAAGUAUACGACCAGGUGUUAUUGGUGGCUCAAAACCACGUGUUGCAACCGCAGAAGUUGAAGCACGUAUUGAGCAAUUGAAACGUGAACAACCUGGUAUUUUUUCAUGGGAAAUUCGUGAUAAACUUGUCAAAGAAGGAAUAUGUGACAAGAAUUCAGCACCAUCAGUCAGUUCAAUAAGUCGAUUAUUACGUGGGGGUAAACGUGACGAAUCCGAUCCUAGGAAAAAUCAUUCAAUUGAUGGAAUUCUUGGCCCAUCAUCAUGCGAUGAAAGUGAUACAGAAUCGGAACCGGGUAUUCCAUUAAAACGUAAACAACGUCGAUCCCGUACAACAUUCUCUGGCGAACAAUUAGAAGCUUUGGAACGAGCAUUUGCGCGAACACAAUAUCCCGAUGUAUAUACUCGCGAAGAGUUAGCGCAAAAAACGAAAUUAACCGAAGCACGUGUACAAGUUUGGUUCUCAAAUCGUCGUGCACGAUUACGAAAACAAUUAAAUUCCCAACAAUUGAAUGCAUUUAAUACCAUGUCAUUACAAUCUGCAUUCCCAAGUGUACAACAUCAAUAUUCAGAUCCUUCAAGUGGAUUUAAUAGUCAAGCUGCAGCAUCAUCGGCAUGGGCUCAACAAAAUUAUGCAGCAACAGCGGCUUUAAGCAAUGGUUUAGGUUCAUCAGCUUUACAUUCAACACAUCCAGGUACCACAACACUAGGUGGUUCCCCACCUUUAGGUGCCACUAGCACUUUAGGAGCAAGUGCAACAGCUGUUUCAUCUGUGAAUUCUCCUACAAAUACCGGCCAAACGUCACUAGGAUAUAAUGGCUAUAAUACAACUACCAGUUUAGACCAACAAAAUAUGUUAUCGAAUGGUGUGGGCAACCAAUUUAGUGGAUAUAACAUGGGUCAAAUUUCACCCAAUACUUCUCAUCAACAUGCCGCCGCAUCAAGUGUGAAUGCCGGUGCGUCUGCCCAUCAACAAUCCGGAGUAUGGUCACGCCAUCCACAAAACAAUAAAAUGAGUGAUGGUUUAUCUAGUUGGCAUGAAAAUUAUAGUUUAUUUGCUGGCAGUCAUUACGGAGGACAUUCACCAACUGAAGCAAAAUCUGGCUAUCCAUAUUUUGGUAGCAUGGACAUGUGUGCCAGUCGCGUACAUUAG